AUGACAUUGUCGAAGAGGCCUAAAACGACAAAGCUGGAAUUGUCGUUGGCUUCUUCCCUUCAAUUUGGCCAGACCUUGGCUCAGGAGGGUGUUGUGGUGAUUGGCGAAGACUUUUCCAUUAAUGUCUCUGCAACAAAUACUAAGCUCCCAAAAGGUUUCAGCAUCGACCUCAUUCAUCGCGAUUCACCAUUAUCUCCCUUCUACAACUCCUCAAUGACCGACUCGGGGCGAGUCCAAAACGCUGUGUUGCGCUCCAUGUCUCGAGCCAAUCGCUUUGGCCAGUCUUCCAUGGCUCAAGCAAGUGAGUUAGUAGAAACUGAUAUACUCCCAAACGAUGGAAAUUACCUGAUGAAGAUAUUUAUUGGCACUCCACCCGUAAGGAGAUGGGCAGUUGCAGACACAGGAAGCAACCUUAUUUGGUUCCAAUGCAAACCUUGUCCCCAACCUCAGUGCUACCGCCAAAAGGCACCGCUCUUUGAUCCAAGAAGUUCUUCCACGUAUAUGUCUCUGUCAUGUCGAUCACUCCCUUGUAAAGCUCUGCCCCGUCUCUACGUGCAAGGCCAAACAUAUCCUCGAUGUGGAUUAUCCAAUGUGUGUACCUAUUUUCUUUCUUAUGCGGAUAACUCAUACACAAUGGGAGAGAACUGGCCACAGAAUCAGUUAGUUUCGGCCGAAAUGUUUUGUUUCCCAAGACGGUGUUUGGGUGUGGACACAACGACAAUGGACUAUUCAACAAGAAUACCGCAGGACUUGUUGGGCUUGGUCAAGGGAGUUUGUCGUUAG